AUUGACAUAAACCAGUUCGCGCGUUUUUUUGACAUUCGCAAAGUUAACCUGUUUGUUUUUUGUAACGACACAGUUUUCUCGUUAAAUUGUGUAAAAAGCUUUAUUUAGUGUUUAGUUUCCUCAAAUUGAUAGUUUAUUAAGUGAAACAAUAAUGAGUUCUCCAGCCCCAGAUACGCCGUCAGAGCGAGAUGGAGCGCGGUCUAGGAUGACGUCACCAGCGCGAGACUAUGAAAUGUUUGAAGAUGAGAGUGCUAUUCUCGGAGACAACCCUGAGGAGGAGGAAGAUGAUGGAGAGGAACUCUUCAAUGAUAAUAUGGAGGCUGAUUAUCGUCCAAUGCCAGCACUAGAUCGAUAUGAUGCGGAGGACUUGGAUGAAGAUGACUAUGACCCCAUGUCAAUACAAGACCGAGUGGCUGCUGAGCAGGAGUUGAGACGAAGGGACAGAGAAGAGGGCCGCAAUAGAAGAGAUGAUCGUGAUCUGUUGUAUGAUGAAUCAGAUGAAGAAAGCACGGGUGCUCCGCGGGCGAAGCGCCGUCGUGCUGCAGAGAAAGCUGCCAUGGGUACUGAUGAACAAGUGGAGGAGGGAAUUGAGAGUAUUGAAAACUUGGAAGACACUAAAGGGUAUACCACCAAGGAGUGGGUCUCUAUGCUGGGACCCAGAACCGAGAUUGCUAACAGGUUCAAGAACUUCCUCCGCACAUACACCAACAGUAAGGCCCAGUUUGUGUACAAGGAGCGCAUCCGUCGCAUGUGUGAGCACAACCAGGCGUCCUUCCAUGUCGAGUUUGAUGUACUGGCUCGGAGAGAACAGGUCCUGGCGUACUUCUUGCCUGAAGCUCCUUUCCAGAUGUUGCAGAUUUUUGAUGAGGUAGCAAAAGACAUAGUCCUACAAAUAUUCCCAAGCUACGAGCGAGUCACCUCAGAGAUUCACGUACGCAUAUCAGACCUCCCACUCAUAGAAGAGCUAAGAACAUUCCGGAAACUUCAUUUAAACCAACUUGUGAGAACAGUGGGAGUAAUCACAGCCACUACUGGAGUCCUACCUCAGCUGUCCGUAGUCAAAUAUGAUUGUAAUAGGUGUGGGUAUAUUCUGGGUCCAUUUGUUCAGACUCAAAAUUCUGAAGUCAGACCUGGAUCUUGUCCGGAAUGUCAGAGCGCUGGACCUUUUAUGGUAAAUAUGGAACAAACCGUAUACCGUAACUACCAGAAGGUCACAAUCCAAGAGUCUCCAGGCCGCAUCCCCGCCGGUCGUAUCCCAAGAAGCAAGGACUGUAUACUGUUGGCUGAUCUCUGUGAUAGGUGCAAGCCGGGAGAUGAAGUCGACCUCACUGGGAUCUAUACUAAUAAUUAUGAUGGAUCGCUUAAUACUGAACAGGGUUUCCCAGUAUUCGCAACAGUGAUAAUAGCGAACUACAUAGUAGUAAAAGACUGCAAGCAUAUUGUGGAGUCCUUAACUGAUGAAGACGUGGCCACUAUUGUCAAGUUGUCCAAGGAUCCACGCAUUGGAGAGCGGAUAGUACAAAGCAUUGCUCCUUCUAUAUUCGGACACGAUUAUAUUAAACGAGGACUUGCUUUAGCACUGUUUGGUGGGGAGCCGAAAAAUCCAGGUGAUAAGCAUAAAGUGAGAGGUGACAUCAAUGUUCUUAUAUGCGGGGACCCCGGUACUGCUAAAUCACAAUUCUUAAAGUACACCGAAAAGAUCGCGCCCAGAGCAAUCUUCACAACAGGUCAGGGCGCCAGUGCAGUCGGUCUAACAGCUUAUGUCAGGAAAAAUCCCACUACCAGAGAUUGGACCUUAGAAGCCGGUGCGUUAGUACUAGCAGAUCGUGGAGUGUGCCUUAUCGAUGAGUUCGACAAAAUGAACGACGCAGACCGCACCUCUAUACACGAGGCUAUGGAACAACAGUCUAUUUCCAUCUCCAAAGCCGGUAUUGUAACGUCACUACACGCUAGAUGUUCAAUAAUAGCGGCCUCCAAUCCUAUAGGCGGUCGUUACGACGCGUCGCUAACGUUCUCUGAGAACGUGAACCUGUCUGAGCCAAUCCUGUCACGUUUCGACGUGCUCUGUGUUGUAAGGGACGAGGCAGACCCUAUGCAAGAUGCUCAUCUCGCGAAAUUCGUCGUAUCGUCUCACAUCCGCCACCACCCGACCCAGCGCGGCGCCACGCUAGAGGACAGUAACGCGCCAGACCCUGACUUUGUAUUGCAACAGGAUCUACUUAAGAAAUAUAUCGUCUAUGCCAGGGAGAAUGUUCAUCCUAAGCUACAGAACAUGGACCAGGACAAAGUAGCGAAGAUGUACAGUCAGCUCCGACAAGAAUCUCUGGCUACAGGCAGCUUGCCAAUCACAGUCCGUCAUAUUGAAUCUGUGAUCCGUAUGAGCGAGGCUCACGCCCGAAUGCACCUGCGUCCGCAAGUAUCGGAGGAGGACGUCAACAUGGCCAUCCGCACAAUGCUGGAGAGCUUCGUCGAGACACAGAAAUACAGCGUCAUGAGGGCUAUGAGACAGACAUUCCAAAAAUACCUAUCAUACAAGAAGGACCACAGCGAGCUCCUAUACUACAUACUACGCCAGCUAACAAUGGACCAGCUAGCCUACAUGAGAGGAUUACAUAAUCAUUCCCAGUCUACCAUUGAAAUCUCCGAGAGAGAUCUUCUAGAACGAGCCAGGCAGAUCAACAUCAGUGAUUUGAAACCCUUCUAUGACAGUAGAAUCUUCAAAAUGAACAGUUUUACUUACGAUGCGAAGAGAAAGGUCAUUGUUCACGUCUUACCUGAUACACCGACUAGUGCCUCUUCGUAGGUUUUUAAGGGGUGUAGUGCCUUUCGUAUGCUGCAAAGUGCAUUUUUUACCAUUGUUUGAUUCAUUGAAUGCGAUUUGUCUAAAAGUUCCUAAAAAUAUUUCAGCGAUAUAAUUAGAUUUCGCUCUGUAAUGGAUGUCUCCAUUCAUCUUAGUGUGUUUUGGCGCGCCACAGAAAAUGUUAGGUAUGUGUAUUACCUCUGUAAGCUACGAUGACGGCAUGCGAAAGGUUAAAUCUAAUUAUAAAAAGAAACCAGUGUUCAGAUGCUAUAAAUAUAUCUGAAUAAACUUAAUCCUCAUGGAAUCAUUAUACUGAUUUGUGUGAUAGAUACUUUGUGGAUUGGCGAAUGUAUGUGUCUUUAAGAAUCUCAGACAUUUUCCCGCUAAAAUAUCUAUCGCUGGUUUACUUUCCUAGGUUCAAACUUAACAGUCAGCUGUAUUAUAUUUAUGUUUGUAUUUUGAGGAAAUCGCCAACCCGCAUUAAGCAAGCGUGGUGAUUAAUGCUCAAAUCUUUGCCGUGUGCGACGAGGCCUUUGGUCAGCAGUGGCUGUUGAUGAUGAUGAUUUUGAAUUAAUAUCAGUUUAAGUUGGUUAUAUAGAUAUAGAUAGGCUGUUGAUGAUGAUGAUUUUGAAUUAAUAUCAGUUUAAGUUGGUUAUAUAGAUAUAGAUAGGCUGUUGAUGAUGAUGAUUUUGAAUUAAUAUCAGUUUAAGUUGGUUAUUUCCGUUAUAGUUAUAGCAUUAGGUAUGCUAUAACUUUCCAAAACUGAUUUCACUCACGAAAUGUAAAGAUAAAUAAAAAAUCCUCCAAUCCACAAAGUAUCAUAAUCACAAUAUUCACCCACCCACCUUUAAAAUAUCACUACAAUAAAAGCUUUAAACAUAACAAUCAUUUUCUUUAGUUAUUAUUAUAAUUGUAAUGUGUAAUUAAUUUUAAGUUUUUAUCUCUUAACUUUUUCUAUUAUGUUUGUCUAUUAUUAUUAUUUUUGGUUACUCGAGUAAAAUACUUAUUAUGUAUAAUGAGUUCGUCGUAUCGACGAAUCUCAGUUGUGACUUCCUUCAAACUGAUAAAACUUUGUAUUUGAAUCCAUUCAUGUAGGUACUCUUUUAGUAGUAUUAGGUACAAAAAACUAUAGCUUUUCUUGCCGAUUUUCAAUCUAACAAAAUUAAAAGCACCUAUGUCAAGUACUAACCCAGUUUAUCGAAAUACAUGGUACCACCCAUAAGUAUGAAGAGCUUCACAUCAAGCUUCCUUGUGCGCACUGCUAAGGAGUGGAAUUCUUUGCACGAGUCUGUGUUUCCUGGAGGGUAUAACCUUGGUGUCUUCAAGGCACGAGUGAAUAGGUUGCUUCUGGGACGACGUGCUCCAUCGUAGACCGCAUCAUCGCUUUCCAUGAGGCGGGAUAGCGGUCAAACGUCGGCCCAUCAAAUAUAUAAAAAAGAAUGGUAUACUUGAUACAAACAAUCAAAAAUAGUUUACUCAUAAUUUCAAAUCAAAGAAAAAAUAAUCUCUUUAACAAAAAGUCCAAACCAACAUUUACUAAUUAUUUACAUUCUAUCAAGUUACAUGCGAGGGUAUAGAUCCAAUGUACCGCCCAAAAAUAAUACACGAUCGAACAUCUUCGAAAUAGAGAAACCCCAACCCUUGUGAACUAGGUCAUCUAAACUCGUACAGUAUUGUCGUCUUCUUCAGAUUCUAGGCUACCUAAAAUUAUCUACUAAGUUAGAAAUCGGUCAGAUUAGGUACAUCGGACCGCUUUCUUGCUUACUUGACUGCAACUUAGAAGAAAUACCAUUUUGAUAAUUUUUUUUUUUCAAGAGAUAGGUACUUAGAAAUUUGAUUUUUUUGACGAUGACAUCAUCUUUAUUAAUGUACACUAAAUUAUUUACUUUUCAAUUAUUGUGAUUAAAAUAAAAUCACUAGUGUAAGAUUUAUAUGCAAUCCAAGCACCUAUGUUGAAACUAAUAGUUGUCUUUUUUACAAACACAUGUACGGAAUCGAUGUGUCCCUAAAGAAAAGGGUGAAACCUAUUGCAAUUGUAAUCAUCACCUAUAAUUAUGUAUUUUUAAGACUAAAGUGCCUUUAGUUAGUACAAACUCGAAAUUUGACCUAUUUAAGUUGUUAAUUGUAAUGUUUUUUGAUAAAUCAAAGGUUUCAAUUUGUGAUUUUGAAAUAAACAGAUUAUUGUAACCAAUUUAUCUUUUUACUUUAUUUUCCAAUUGAUAUAGGUCCUAGAAAAUAUUAUCCCAAAUUCUGUAUCAAAAUAGCACCUCCGCUGUGGACCUUGUGGAUAGAAGCUUUGAUUUUUGAGCAGUUAAACCAUGUAAAAUGU